UCAGUGCCUCAUUAGCGGACCCCUAUCCGUUCAGGAACUUCGGUUGAAUAAUGAAUACUGAGAAGUGAGCAAGACAAACACGCUCAAAAUCACCAUGGCUUCUCUUCUCUCCCUCCCCCCAACCAGAACCACAAUCCUCUUUCAUCACCCAUCUUCCCAAUUCAAGGGGAAUGUGAGGAAUCUCAAGGCGAACCCAAGUUGCUUUCCAUCUCUGAAAAUCAACCAUCUCAAGAGUAAAGCGGGUGGUGGACCGCUGGUUGUUCUCAGCCAAGCUUCAGCUUCACCAUCUUUAUCGCCAUCACCAUCUACUGGUAAUGUUCGGCUUCGGUUGCACAAUUUGGGGCCGCAAACAGGGUCCAGAAAGAAGGGCAAGAGAAAGGGAAGGGGUAUUUCUGCGGGGCAAGGCGGGAGCUGUGGAUUUGGGAUGAGGGGUCAGAAAUCUAGGUCAGGUCCCGGCGUUCGCAGGGGUUUUGAAGGCGGCCAGAUGCCGCUUUACCGUCGAAUCCCGAAAUUGCGAGGCAUUGCUGGAGGCAUGCAUGCUGGCUUACCAAAGUUUGUACCAGUCAACUUAAAAGACAUAGCAGCUGCUGGAUUUCAAGAGGGUGAAGAGGUUUCACUGGAAUCAUUGAAGAAGAAGGGCUUGAUAAAUCCGUCAGGAAGAGAAAGGAGACUCCCUUUAAAGGUUCUCGGUGAUGGCGAACUAAGCGUGAAGUUGAACUUCAAGGCCCGUGCCUUCUCAGUAUCAGCCAAGGAAAAGCUCGAGGCUGCCGGUUGUUCGUUGACCGUACUUCCAGGGCGGAAGAAGUGGGUGAAGCCAUCAGUCGCAAAGAACCUUGCGCGCGCGGAAGAGUACUUUGCCAAGAAAAGAGCUGCAGCUGAGUCAGGGGACGCAUCCUCGGCUUGAUCUGGAAGGAGGAGAAUUCUCCAGCAUCAUCCAGAAGGUAAACGUUUAAUGUUGCUAGAAGAAGAUGCCGUAGAGAGUAGAUUUUUCACGUGCUUGUAACUUUUCUCCAAAUUGAAUCCAAUCCAAUCAAAUUGGUUAAUGCAUUCCCUGUUGAGUCAAUUGUGAAUUGGCAGUCCUCCUUCGUGUUUA